AUGGACCAGUGGACAUCAAACAAGCUCCCAGAGCGCCUUCCCUUCUCGAAGAAGCGACUCCCCAAGAAGGUCAUAUUCUCCUACGUUGCCGACUACCUCAUCAUCGUUGUCCUUAUUGGAAUCUUCUCUAUCGUCGACAAGAUCGAGCCGUUCCACCAGCCCUUCUCGCUCCAGAACUAUACCCUGCACUAUCCGUUCGCCAAGAAGGAGCGCGUGCCCGUCCCCUGGCUGUGCGUAUACGUUGUGGGCAUUCCGGCUAUCAUCAUUGCUUUUUACACCCUGGUCAUCGAUGGCUUGUUUUCACACCAAACGCCUAUGCCCGCGAGCAGGGCUGGCCUCAAGCGUAUGAGUGGCAGAUACAGGUUCAAGGACCGUUUGUGGGAGCUGAACUGCGGCAUUCUGGGCUUGGGCUUGGCUGUUGGUGCUGCUUUUACAGUUACAGGUGCUCUUAAGAAUGCCAUUGGGAAGCCGCGACCGGAUGUCAUCGACCGAUGCAACAUGAAGGACCACUGGCCAGCUGAUUGGGGCGUCGCAAACUUCACCCUGGCUACCGUCGCCAUGUGCAACCAGCCGAGCAAUUACAUCCUGCAAGACGGGUUCAAGAGCUUCCCUUCUGGACAUAGCAGUACUGCGUUCGCUGGUUGUUUCUAUCUUUCCCUUUACCUCGCUGCGAAAUUACACGUCAUGGACGCAAAGGGCGAAGUCUGGAGGGCCUUCGUGGUCUUGAUUCCUACCCUCGGUGCCGCUGUCAUCGCUGGCACCCGCAUCAUGGACGCUCGCCAUCACCCCUUCGACGUCAUUUUUGGCAGCAUACUCGGAAUACUUGUGGCUUGGGCUUCAUAUCGACAAUACUUUCCUCCAGUAACAGAGACCUGGCGGAAGGGACGCGCAUACCCAAUCCGAGCCUGGGGUCGUGGUCCAGCCCCUCCACCAGCACCUACCCCCACUAUAAUGAUCGAUGAAGAUGUACAGCCGCUUCGAUCCAUGGCUAAACCGGACGAGGAACGCGGUGCUGCAUCUGGGUUCUCAUCCGUCACUGCGGUGCCUGGAGAGCCUGAGCAUAGCGGAAACGUUUUCCGUCAACAAAUCUCCAAUUCGCAACGAAGACGUAACGAGGAAGAACCAUAUGGGGUGGAUCGUAGUGACACACUGGCAUCGAGUAACUACCGCACCGAAACCAUGGAUUCAAGUUAUCAUCGCUCCGGCACUCUCAAUUCAACAAUGUCUUCCAAGGUGAACAAAUAUCAAGACCAGAUGCCGGCUCCGAACCCUUUCGCUGGCGACGUUGCGCGACAACGUCGGGCGGAAACAUACGACUAUUCGUCUUCAGAAGACGAAGACAGCUACGAGCUCCAGCAAACGUACACGCUCUCAGCUCCCCAAGCUGGUGUAUACAAUCCAGUCGCUGGCCGAUUUACCGACACAGGGUAUCAUGCAGCAUCUGGUAUCUCACCCAAUCCUACACCUCCACCUCCACUCAAUACCGGCAUACUUCAGCAGAACACGAUGAUGUCGCCAACUGGGGAUUUGAGUGAAAGGAGGGACGGCGCGCCGCCUCCUCCACCACACGCUGUAGGGACGAUGCCAAAUCGAGUUUGA